AUGGAAGGUAAUUUAACUGUUAACAUCCAUUAUUUAAGAUCAUGCAACUAUCACUGCAAGUUCUGCUUCCACAGAGGCAUUGAGAAUUCUUCAACUUUAAAACUUGAAGAAUGGCAUAAAAUCAUUGAUACAAUUGCCAAAUCCGGGUUAGUCAAGAGGAUAAACUUCGCAGGAGGCGAGCCAUUUAUGCUUAGAAAGCAUAUUGUUGACUUGAUUCGCUAUGCCAAGAAAUCGGGAGUAGAAGUGUCAGUAAUCACCAAUGCAUCCUUAUUGACAGAGAAUGUCUUUAAUCUAGUUAAAAACGAUUUAGACAUGCUUGGUGUUUCCUGUGACUCAGGAAAUGAUGAGAUCAAUAAGCAGAUAGGAAGAGCAGAGCGUGAUAAUGAUGAGCAAUUGCCACAUACUGUCAUUAUCAGAAGAGCUGCAAACAUGGCGAAAUUCUCCAACAAAUAUUUCAAGGUGAAUACUGUAAUUUGUCGUGAGAACUUACAUGACAACUCAAUUUUCCAGCUUAUUAAUGAAAUCCAGCCAAACAGAUGGAAAGUUUUCAGAGUCCUCAAGAUUGAAAAUGAAAAUGGAUGUUUCAAGGACGAAAGACCACCAUACACAGGUUAUAUUACCGAUGAGGAAUGGAAGGCAUGGAUCGAGAGAUGCAAAGAGUUAUGCCAAAUUAAGCCUGUUUUGGAAGACAACGAUGAUAUGCAAACAUCGUACAUCCAGGUUGAUGAAGAAGGUUAUCUCCUUGAUUCUUCAUCAGGAAGCAAAGUUAGAAAGGCUAAUCUCCUCGAGGUUAGCUUCAAGCAAGCUAUGACUGGUCUCGGAUUUGACCAAAAGAAGUUUUACAAGCGUGGUGGAUUAUUCCAUAUCACCAAUGCUAAUUAUGAGCUUUAA